CUCAGGCCUGUUGUGGCCUCUUCUCAUCAUGAGUUGAUGUUUGUUGUGUUUUUCCACAGUAAAAUACAAUGAUCUACUGAACAAAACAACUACAUCUGCAGCACUCUUUAUGUCAUCAGAGCCCUCUCCUGAUAACUCUUUACAGAAACCUGCUUGUGAGCUAUUCAGACGCAUCAAAUAUUAAAACCCAGGAGUUUCCGUUUCACAUGCAGAGAGGGAGGGGAAGAGUGCAGCAAGUCAGACAAAGGGGAGGACACGCAGGGGCAGAGGAGGGAAGGAAAACAGUUCAACCAGAGCAAAUAACAACACAUCAGGCAUCGUGAGAGGUAAACAUACAUGCAGGGAUGGAGGGAGAGAGGGAGGAGCAGGGAGAAACUACUGAAAGUGGGACAGCUCCUGAACAGGUCCUGACCCAGGACUGCAGUGGAGACGGCAAUGAGAUACAAAACCUCGAGGAGUCAACGGAAGGCAGCGAAGCAUGUGAUUCUGCACAGGAGACUCCGACACCUACAAACACAGAGGAUAAUGCCAACCAACCCCAACCAACACAGGAGGAGGUGACCCCCCCGACAGCAUCAUCUCAUACCUCCAACACACAAAACCGACCGACUGAACCCUGCUGGUACUGCCUGAGGUCCCUCAAUUCACAGUAUCGCCCGGAAACCUCAAAACAGGAGGACUCCGCUCCAUCAACACAGCCGCCCUCUAGUGGUCAGAAAAUGAGCUACCAGACAGAUCCCCGUCCUCAUUUUGGUGUAGCCUGGUCCUCCCGUUCAACUUGUCGCCCCCUGUGGGACAGCGAGGGGCCUUGCUGGGGGCACCGAAACCAGGAAGUGCCCAAUCAAGUGCACACCUGCCCUCACUGCAAUCUGGCCCUGGCCUCUGACACACUGCGGUGGCAUGAGGCCAAGUGUCUGCUGUUUGAAGGACUGAGGAACAAUUCAAACAAAUAAUCCUGUUGGAACUAACAAGUGGUUUCUGCUUGUCAACAGCUGUCUGUUUACACCUGGAUCCAGCCACGUUCAUGACUCACUUCAUCCUGAAUUUCUGUGAAAUUCUCAUUUUAUUUUUCACUCAAAUAAAUUGCAUGCACACAAUGAUGGCGUUUAUGUUGUUUUUCCUGUCAUUGAUGAACAUAGUUUGUUUGUUUAUACAGGAAAUGAGACAAAUGUGUCUAGAACACGCAGAAAUUUUAAUUCCUCACAAAUAGAAAAGAUAUGCAAUACUAAUUAACUAACAAUCAAUAGUAAAAAAAAUAUGGUUCAGACUAAAGACUUGGUUCAGACUAAAGAGUUACUCCAGACAAAUAUCGUCUUAAUAUGUAUAUUAGUAUUUGAAUUAUUAUGUUUUAGGAUGUUAAGACUCAAAGGCUACGCUAACCACUAAUAGCUAUUGUGAAGUUUUUGUUUAGUAUUUAAUUUUAUAAGUGAAAAUAUAAAACAUAUCAAUUCCUUGUGUCAUGUGUAAUCUUAAGAAGAUAUGAAACAUGGAAAUAAUCAUAAAAAAAAUAAAGUUUUUUUGCAAUGUAUUCUAAUUGGACUUGAUUUUCCCCUGGCUGUGUGCAGCUGCACCUUAACUCCAGCAUAUGCUCACUCUGAUGCCACGUCAACCGACAAAGAAAGAUUUCAGCCAAGAAGCGCACACGGAUGUCAUCGCUCACUGUGUCAUCAGCAGAUGUGUGCAAGACAGUGAGGAGUGACGGCAGCGUGCCCACGCCCGGGGCCUGCACUCAGGGUCUGCUCUCCAGAGCCUGUUGACACACUGGCAGACAUUUACAAUCUGUUCUUGGCUCAAGCUAAUGUGCCCACCUGCUUUUAGGCCACCAACAGUGAGUCACCGCCCAAAUUAAUGAGAGCCUCUCAGAUGUCUGGUGUUUGCAUCAGAUUCACUCAAACAGCUCUGGAAUGCUUCGAGGGAAAUAAUGUCCGAAUGUUUUCAUAGAUUACAGCUGGGGAUUCAGCGCCAUCAAUUUACACACACUUUCACGCAAACUGACACGUCAUCAGGAUUAGCAAGACAACUUUCAAAAUUACUAACACACUCCACAAAUAUUAGAGUUAAGAGGCUUUAGCGAAGAGAGCAUUUAAAAGUAAGGCAUUUGACCAUUGUCUAGAAAUCAAUAGUUUCAACUACAAACAAGAACUUUGGUUUACUGUUUGUUUCACAGUGACACAGUGUGUAAGACGUUGACAAGUGAAACUACUUCUCACCUGAUUUUUAGCUUAAAAUAACAUGACUGAAAUAUGUGAAAUAUGUGCGAUGAAUUCAUGACAGGUAGAGAGUUAACUAUGGACAGUGCGAUUAAUCAUGGUCAAACACUGUAUUAGAUUGACAGCCAAAGUUAGCUCACGCUAGGUCAACACACACCUCUACAAGCAUCAACCACCGCCUACGUCUGGUUGUCAACUCACUAACCAACCCACAGCUUUGACCACACAACUCCCUGAAAUGACAACUCAGAUGUAUUCUUAUUUGCUGUAUAUUUUUAGGCACAAAGUUUUUUUUAACACUCCCACAACCAGUCCUUAUUUAUAUAAAUAGCGCCCUCAUGGUGCAAAGGCAUGUAGAUGCCAACGCACUCACACGUGCACAUAUACCCACAGAUGAAGUAGGUAACGAUCUGUAUACAACCAGACCACAGAGUCAGAACUGAAACCAUCGGUUGAUCAGUUGUUUUAAUGAAUCCCACUGUUGCUGCCUUUUCUGUUCUGUUUUCUUAUUCUUCUUGGAUUGAAGGUCAGGCUUUUAGUGUUGCAGGGUAGUUCAGUCUCUCACGUUACCAACAGUGGGCAGAUCGAUGACUUUGCAAAUUCAGACCCUAAAUUGGCCUGGUCAAAGUUAAAAACAGAUUAGGGCCACGAUUGACAGACGGUUGUUUGUGCAAUAUAGGGCCUAUAUAUAACCUGGAUAUAACUACUGGUUAGGAAUAUGUGUUAUUAUAUGUAUGUAUUGUAUAUUAGAAGUCAUUUACGUUCAUAUGACUGUUUUAAAACUAGUGCUGUCAAUAUUUCUAAAUCGUUGUUUCCCAAUGAGUCAUCAGGCUAACGUAAACACUUUUUAUCUGUCUUUCAUGACCUGGGACAAAAUGACCCACGACCCAGUACUGGUCAACCACCAUCAACCCAGUUGUCCCAAGUCCUUUGUCUUGGGACACUGGGGCCUAUCUGAUUAAACAGGUUAAAUAUAAAAAAAAUAUUAAAAUGGUCUUGGAGAUAAUACAGGGUAUUCUUCUGCAGAACUCUGGCACACUGUGCCUUUAACACUACCACCUCCCGACCUCUCCUCAGACCAGACAUGAGCGUCGACAUCACACAUUAUUACAGAACAUUCCUGCACGGCAUUGGCUACCAAAAGUCAUGCUUUGAUCACGUGACUGAGUAAUAGCGUGGGGGCAGCGUGGCGAGCCAAUGGUCUGCUGCAUCAGCUGAGAACCCUUUGAAUAUUGAUGCUACCUCUGCCGCCACAGUCGGCCCGCCUUCCCUGUGUUGUUGUUGUUGUGUGACAUUGUCUCAGUGUGUCCACCAUCGUCAUCACAACAGUGCAAUUCGUCUGCGAUCGCAAUGUCUUCACUGUUGAAACCGUUCUCGGUCAGCGAGGUACCGUGCGAGAGGAGAGGAUGCCCGAGCCCGGCUCUGAAUCUGCAGCCUGCCUUAGAGCGUCUGACCGCGGCCACGGCGCUGGCGUCUCUGCCGGCUCACCAGCGGUCGUACGCGGCGAAGAGGAACCUGGCGGCUGCUGCAGUCGGAGGGAGGAAAAUAACGCACCCUGGGAAAGCCAUACUUGCAGGUGGCAUCGCAGGAGGAAUCGAAAUCUGCAUCACCUUCCCCACAGAGUAUGUCAAGACCCAGCUGCAGCUGGACGAGAGAGCCAACCCACCCCGGUACAGAGGGAUCGGUGACUGCGUGAAGCUGACGGUGCAGGAUCAUGGACUUCGAGGCUUGUAUCGAGGUCUUAGCUCCCUGCUCUAUGGAUCUAUACCCAAAUCAGCUGUGAGGUUUGGCACGUUUGAAAUGCUCAGCAACCCGAUGCGGGACUCCACAGGUCGACUCGACAACACUCGGAGCCUGCUGUGUGGGUUAGGAGCAGGAAUAGCCGAGGCAGUUGUGGUCGUCUGUCCAAUGGAGACUCUGAAGGUUAAGCUAAUUCAUGACCAGUGUUCCCUGAGACCACGCUACAGAGGCUUCUUCCACGGAGUCAGUGAGAUUGUCAGAGAGCAGGGUCUGAGGGGAACAUACCAGGGUCUGACAGCUACUGUACUAAAGCAGGGGACCAACCAGGCCAUUCGUUUUUAUGUGAUGAACGCACUCCGUAAUUGGUACAAAGGAGACGAUCCUCGGAAAGAGAUGCAUCCAGUUGUCACAGCCAUGUUUGGAGCCACAGCUGGAGCUGCCAGUGUUUUUGGAAAUACACCUCUGGAUGUGGUGAAAACUAGGAUGCAGGGUUUGGAGGCUCACCGCUACAAAAACACGAUGGACUGUGCCUUCCAGAUUUUGAAGCAUGAAGGACCACAGGCAUUCUACAAAGGGACAGUGCCCAGACUGGGUCGAGUGUGUUUAGACGUGGCCAUAGUCUUCGUCAUCUACGAAGAGGUGGUCAAACUACUGAACGACGUGUGGAAGACCCAGUAGAAGAACACCAACCACAGAGCAGCAUGUCAUGUCCACCACAACUGUCCACCUCGACUGUAGUUCAUAGCAAAUCUUUGCACACAGAAAUGCUCAGAGAAGAUAGCACUCCGUCCACUUCACACAUAUACAGAGGAUUGAUAUUCAACAACGUGGUCACAGCUUUUUUCAGGUUUGUUCAUAUAUAUAUAUAUACAUAUAUAUAUAUGACAAAUAAAAAUUCUGUUGACCAAGACCAGGAAAGCACAGAUAUGCAUUAGUGAAGGAACUUUAGGA